GCCUGCGCCAGGACAGCGCUCGCUCGGGGAGGGAGGACCCAGCAGAGCGGUGACAGAGGCAGUCGGAGCCCGCACACAUCUCCCAGCCCUGGAACUGGCUGGACUCUUGCAUGCAGUUCUGGAAGUCAGCAAAACUGAAAUCAAAUUACGCUCCUAUUAUGCUACAAGCUCCAGGAGAAAAGAUUCUGCAUUGGCUGAAUUAUCACACAAGAUGGAGCAAGUCACAGAAUAAGACCAAGGGUGUUCUGGGUGGACUGUGGAGACGUGGAGACAGAUGUAAGUUCUCUCAUUGCUGUAUUUGAUUACUGUGUCAUUGUCUCUCGUGUUGGCAAUCAUGUGUGACCCAGAUGUAAUCAUUUCUAUGAGAAUUCUGUGGGGGACGGGAGUUGCCGACUAAUCCUCAGGACUUUUUUUUUCUUUUUCCUUUCAUUAAUGAAGCAACAGAAUCAAAGCAGAAAUUCCUAGCAGCGGCAGCAAUUCAGCCAAAGACUGACUGAGAAUAGUAGCCCCAAGUACAUUCAAUUAUUAUGAGAUUAACACUGCAUGUGUUUUUAAUUGACUUUCUGAAUGUAGACAGCACACACGCCUGCUGUGUCGGAUUGCAUGCUAUGUUAGCCGUGCUGUGGCUAAGCUAAAGUGAUCAGCUCAUCCAACCAGAGAGAGAACGAGAUUCCAUGGACUUACAAAACUUUUCUUCCUUAGCCAGGAGCACAUUUGGCUCCCGGUUGCUUAAAAGUCUGCAGCCUCUAUCUUAAAAGUUGAUACUGCUUUUUUUUUUGCCUUUGUUUUUGGUGGGAAAAAAAAUAGAUACCCCCCACCACCACCAGUGGACUCUUACUAAAAUUAUGAAAGAAGAAAUUCGAAAGCACUAAAGAUAGUUCUUUAAGUAUUGCUGUAAUCCUGAGAGCAAAAGGACACCACAUGAAUACCAGCCUCACUAUGACUGAAAGCCAAGGACAGAAAGAUGAAUGGUGAGCGAAGGCUCUAACUUGUUCAUCUUCCGACACGUACAUCUGCUACAAGUUCUAGCUUAGCCAUGGAUAUUCUUUGUGAAGAAAAUACUUCUCUGAGCUCAACUCUGAACUCCUUCAUACAAUUAAAUGAUGAUCCCCAGCUCUACAAUCAUGGCUUUAAUUCUGCAGAAGCCAACACUUCGGAUACAUUUAACUGGACCAUAGAUUGUGAAAAUCGAACCAACCUUUCAUGCGAAGGGUACCUCCCACCGUCGUGUUUCUCCAUCUUUCACCUCCAGGAAAAGAACUGGUCUGCUUUAUUGACCACCAUAGUGAUUAUUCUGACCAUUGCUGGAAACAUACUCGUCAUCAUGGCAGUGUCCCUAGAGAAAAAGCUGCAGAAUGCCACCAACUAUUUCCUGAUGUCACUUGCCAUUGCUGAUAUGCUGCUGGGCUUCCUUGUCAUGCCCGUGUCCAUGCUAACCAUCCUGUAUGGGUACAGGUGGCCUCUGCCCAGCAAGUUGUGCGCCGUGUGGAUUUACCUGGAUGUGCUCUUCUCUACCGCCUCCAUCAUGCACCUCUGUGCCAUCUCCUUGGACCGUUACGUGGCCAUCCAGAACCCCAUCCACCACAGCCGCUUCAACUCCAGAACUAAGGCCUUCCUGAAAAUCAUCGCUGUGUGGACCAUAUCCGUAGGUAUAUCCAUGCCAAUCCCAGUGUUUGGGCUGCAAGAUGACUCCAAGGUCUUUAAGGAAGGGAGUUGCCUACUUGCAGAUGAUAACUUUGUCCUGAUUGGCUCUUUUGUGGCAUUUUUCAUCCCCUUAACUAUCAUGGUGAUCACCUACUUUCUAACUAUCAAGUCACUCCAGAAAGAAGCUACGCUGUGUGUGAGUGAUCUUGGCACACGGGCCAAAUUAACUUCUUUCAGCUUCCUCCCCCAGAGUUCUCUGUCUUCAGAAAAGCUCUUCCAGAGGUCAAUCCACAGGGAGCCAGGAUCCUAUGCAGGCAGGAGGACUAUGCAGUCCAUCAGCAAUGAGCAGAAAGCUUGCAAGGUGCUGGGCAUUGUCUUCUUUCUAUUUGUGGUAAUGUGGUGCCCAUUCUUCAUCACGAACAUCAUGGCGGUCAUCUGCAAAGAGUCGUGCAACGAAGAUGUCAUUGGAGCCUUGCUUAAUGUAUUUGUUUGGAUUGGAUACCUCUCCUCAGCUGUCAACCCACUGGUCUACACAUUGUUCAAUAAGACUUACAGGUCAGCCUUUUCACGGUACAUUCAAUGUCAGUACAAAGAAAACAAAAAACCACUGCAACUAAUUUUAGUGAACACUUUGCCUACAUUGGCCUACAAGUCCAGUCAACUCCAAGGGGGACCAAAACAGAAUUCCAAGAUAGAGGCCAAGGCAACAGAUAAUGACUGCUGUAUGACUACUCUGGGGAAACCACAUUCCGAAGAUCCUUGUACAGACAGUAUCGACACGGUGAAUGAAAAGGUUAGCUGUGUGUGAAAGCGUGGUUGCCAUGGAAACUGAACAGGGCACUCAAACAAUUUUUCACCCAUCUGGAGGGGGUGGGAGGGGCAGGAGAAAUAUAGGGAGACUGGAAAAAAAGAAUUAGGCCACUCUGGUGGAACUGAUUAUAAUAUCAAUAUGCCUCAUUACAUUCUGUCAUUGAGAAGCAGGGUUCAAUGCCACAGAAUGUGCCCUUCAAAAAUGUCUGACAACAUGUCAGCUGUGAGCUUUAUGAUACUUUGAACAUUGUAAAUGAUGUCUUUGGCAUAAUUAACUUUUACUGUGCAAUUACAAUGAGGUCCUAAGUAACUCUAACUUAACUUCUAGUAUCAAAUGGACUACUGGCUGCAAUGUUGUUGAUUGACAGCAUAGGAUUGAGUUGGUUAUCUACUGCUGUAAAUAAAAAAAAGAGCUAUAAAUAGUGAAAAUGUGUUGAAUAGAAUGGCUUCUAAAAUCAAGAAAAAUUAUCUUUAUAAUUCACCAUGACACAUAUUUUGAAAGGAGAAAAGAGACUAACUAUAGUAUUAUGAAAUCUGUAUAGUUAAGAUAAUUAAACACAAUACUUGACAACAUUUGCAUUCCUGCUUUUUUAUAGAUGCCACCUUGCAACUGUCACAAGAUUGUUGGCAUUUGCUGUGUUUCAAGUUAAUUCUUCUCAGAAGUAAAAAAAAAAAAAAAGAUU